UUGAACAGUAUACACUCAUCUCUUCCUUUACCAUCGUUCAGGAAAUUGUGGUUAAAAGGUGAGUGUUUCAGUAUAGAAUCACUUGAAGAUUUCUAGUUUCUGGUUGAUUGAUUUGUGAACUAGUUUUAGAUGUAGCGCUGGUUCGAAACGCGACUUGAGUAGUCGAUCACAUAUUUCUAGUUCUUGCAUUGCUUAACCCCCAGAUAAAAUUAUAUUUAUUUGAGCCAACUAUUUUAUUUUAUUUACCCAUUCUUUUUUUUCUUUCUAUAAGAAACAAAUAAGGAUUUUUAUUUUACCUUUCCUUGUCCCCCCUUAAUGCUUCAUACUGAAAAUAGUCGUCAAAAUGAAGUUUAUUAACCUAUUUCGAAACUCACGGGCCGUAACUCUGGCCCGUAUAAUACCAGAAGACUUAACUAUAAAACCCGAAAAUGCGUGUUUCCCAUCUUUGCAAGCGUUGACUGCGAAAAAAUCACAACGGACUCGAGGCGAUUGGGGUGUAAAACGGAAAUUUCCCGUUUUCAGUACCAGACAUAUCUCUGUUGAUCGUUUUGAUACCCCAGAACAUCAGUGUUCUUUUUCCGCCAGUGACCGUUUUGUUCGGACACUGAAACGUUUACAAGAUUUGAACCUUCCGGUAACGAAAAGAAAAGUUGAAGAUUAUGACAAGUUUGCCCAGUUCUUCCUCCCUCAAAGCUUUCCAUACAGUAAUGCCUAUCUUGCUCAUAAACCCAACCUGCAGCGUGGAGCGCUUUACGCUAAUAUCCAGUUGUUAGAUUCGUCUUCCAAACAAGAGGCCACUCGUUCUAAAAUGAACACAUUCAUAUCUACCAAAAACUUACCGUUGCCGUUUUCUUACGGAAGAUCAACUGCUUCCUCAAGGGAACUUAUGUUUGGAGUAGCCGGUAUCAUCACUUCUACCGGUAGUACAAGAGAUCCACGUCCAAACGAUAUGUCCUUCUAUGUUAAAUCUUUAAGUGCUGACAAAAAUGGUCGGAUUAUUCCGUGCCUAAACAAGAAAAAUAAAAAGCUUCAAACGGAACUGUUUUGAGAGCUGUGUACAUUUUGUAAAAGAAGCCACGCCAUCCACACGCCUAAUUGGAGCGCUUUUUUAUCAUUAUUCGGUUUCUUAAUUGCACUUUUAUUGCCGGCUUACUACAGGUUUUCUCCACGUUUUCCUGAUCUUGGAAAUUUGACUUCAAGAUGGGCGUAAUUCCAACGUGCUGUCAAUUCUUUUUCCUAUCUUCAUGGUAUAAAAUUCUUUUGUCGCAUGGAACAUUUAAAUACUCAAUUUUGUUAUUACUUUUAUUAUGUAGUUUCAACAUUCGCUAGAUUUUCUUUCUAUUCAUAUUUAACUGGGAACAGUAAGUAGUAUAAAUCUUAUACACAUAUCUCGCAAACAUAUUUCAC